AUGUAUGCCGAGAAAGGGACAAUGUCUACCUGCAACCAGUUCUCAACUGCUGAGCCACCACAUGCACCAGCAACAAGCCCUCCUAUGGCUGGGGAUGACACACGGAAACUAUACGAGAGAAAAUGUUCACGGCUGAGAAACCAGGAUGUCAAUGGAGAAGAACUUACUAUGGACAAAACUAGAGCGGCUGUGAAAGAUUUAUAUGCACGGAUCUUAGUUGCAAUUAGAAGUGCUGAGACUAUCUCAAAGAGAAUUCAGAAACUAAGCGAUGAGGAGCUGCUGCCUCAAAUCGUGGAACUGUUGAAAGGCCUGACACAAAACUGGAAAAUUAUGUUGGAAUCCCAUGAAACCCAGAAGAAGAUUCUUGUUGAAGUAAAAUCUUUUGCCAGCUGCACAUAUGGAAAAUUCUGCAAUGACUCUCAUCGACUUGCUACGCUUCAGCUUGAGGCAGAGCUUCUACAUUGGCGUUCAUGCUUUACAGAAUACGUUACAGCUCAGAAAGCAUAUGUAGAAGCUCUCCACAAUUGGUUAACCAAAUUCCUUGCUCCUGAAGUUGAAUUCUGUUCUAGGAGCAGGAGCAGGAACUCGUCAACCCCAUAUCGAGCUAAUGGCCCCCCCUUGCUUUUGAUUUUCCAUGAUUGGUUAGCUUCCAUGGAGAAACUACCAUAUAAGCCAGUAGCCUUUGCAUUGAAAAGCUUCUCUAAAGAUGUUAGGGCCUUGUGGUCUCAGCAAGGGGAAGAACAGGCUCAAAAGAGAAAAGUUGAUGGUCUAGCAAAAGAACUCGAUAAAAAAACACUGGCAUUUCAGAAGGCAGAAACCAGGUUCGUAGAAACGAAGCACACAGACAUGAAGUCAGAGGCUGAAGUAGACCAUCAGAAUGAGUACUUGGUAGAGAAGAAGGAACAGUUGGACAUAUUUAGGAGAAAAAUGGAGGUUGAGAAGGAAAAACACCACAACUGCAUGCAAGAAACACAAAGUGUUACAUUGAACGGAUUACAGACUGGGUUUUCUUCAGUUUUCGAGUCCUUAACAGAAUUCUCAAAGGCUUCUCUAAAGAUGUAUAACGAUCUCGUGACUUGCAGUGAGAAUGCUUCAAGAGUUGAGGACCCAUCAUACAUAGAGUGCUCAAAGGCUGAGCAGAUAACACAAGAUAACACAGCUGGUCACUGA